AAACUGAGAGCGAAAUCGAAGAAAGGAGCCCGUAUCAUUGAUAUCAUUUAACUUUUCCACAAUGACUCCCAAACCAACCGCCCAAACGAUUGUGUUGACUCCCGAAACCACUCCUGGCCAUGUCCAUGCCCCGAAUCUGACAUCCGAGUCUGCCACUCUCACUUCCCAGCUCCUCACACUCAACCACAAGUUGUACCAUACACGAUGGCAGGAUACAUUCCACAACCAUCUCACUCACCAUCUCCUCGCCCUUUGGUCCUUAGGAGCCACUCCCGCCGAGAUCCAAGACAUGUGGGAGUACAACAAGGGCUACCAGGGUCCCAUUGAGAAACAGCCCUCGACCGAUGCUGGGUCGGGACUGAAUCUGAAAGACCCCGCCGUCUUCGCCCAGUGCCUUGGCGACGAUGAUCGGUACCUCGACUUUCUACGGUUCUUCGAGGAGGAAAUCCACACCAAAGGCAUGGAAACUGUCGUGAUAGAAUAUCUCUUCCAAGGGGAUGAGCGGGCCGACGAUAUCCUCGGGCGCAUGUUCACCGACCUCGUCCACCCCAUCAUUCACCUGGGCUGUGGGAUUGAAUUCCAGCAACCCGCCCUGGUCGCCGAAGCGCUCGCAGGGGCCUGCGUCCACGUCAACUGGCCGAAAACCUUCCUCCUCGCCACCGAAGCCCACGUCCAAGAGUCCGCCGCCAACUCCAGGCCCAUUCCCUCGCGCUCCCUUCUCGAGGUCCUCGAAACCCUCCGCAACGACCCCAUCAUCGGAAAUGGGGUGAAGGCCAACGAUCCCUUCAACAAGAUCCCCGACGGGUUCCUCCAGCGCGUCUCCGCCGCGCAGCUCGCCCCCCACCUGGGACAGUUCCAGGUCCCGCGCGACGACGCGGCGGAGCUUCACCGCAAAGCCGCGCAGAUGAUGUACACGACGGCGUACAUGCUCGGGGCAGCGCAGCAGCCCGGCAAGCACGAGGCCCUGGACUUUGUGACGUUGCACUGCGUCACGCUGGCCGUCUUCUUCCCCGCCUUCCUGGCGCAGGACUGGUUGGCGAACGCCCACAAGGCCCGACUCCUCGAAGCGACCGCCCGGGUCGCCGCCGUCAUGUACGCUGGCUGCGCGUGUCCGCCGCUGUAUCCCGAGCGUAUCCGGACGUAUGUUCCCCGGCACCCGGCGGAUGGCUGGCCGGAACUGUUUCAUCGAGCAGUCGUGUAUCGCGACGAAGGUCAUGCGGCAAAGCUCAUCCGGGCGCUGUACAGCCUAGAAGCGUUGGAGCACCCGCCCCCGGCGGACUUCCCGGUAACUCGAGAGGAUUUUCGGCGGGUGGCGCAUCUGGCGAUGGACUCGAUCGAGCGGGCCAUGGAUGAGAAGGAGGGGAAUCGGUUGCCUGAGCAGGUGGCGCGCGGCGUGGUGCAACGAAUGGGUCCCGCCGGCGAGAUGGUCGUAGGGAAUAUGACGCGCUGGUUGUUCUACGGCGGAUUGCCCGGGGCGUGGGAUAAGGUGCCCGCGAGUAGAAAGGGGAUGGAUCUGGCUCAGGUUUAGUAUUAAGGAGAGAAAGAAUAUGAUUGAUUGUUAUGUCUUGAGUUUGACCCUUCACCGGGUUUCUCUCUGUGUUGGGGUGGUGGUCGUGUUGAUUGCGGGUAUCGCUCUAGAAUAUAUUUUCGGUACAACUAGAUGCCCUCUUUGAAGGGCUUAACACGAAUUAC